AGUGCAGAAACAAAGCAAACAGUAUUAGCCCCUAGUCCAACUGAAACAAACCAAGAAGCCAUAUAUUAUCAUAUGAAUUGCUAGCUGCAUACCCAUUUCUCUUCUCACCACAAAAACCAUGGUUGCAGCAUUUUCAGCCGGAAAAUACAUUACUCGAUUCCUUGACUUCGAACCACCGCCGCCGUCACUAUUUGCAUCAACUAAGCCUUGUUCUAUCCAAGCAUCUCAAAAACAAUACCAUCAACUAUGUUCAUGUUCAUGUUCAUGUUCAUCAUCAAUAAUGUCGUCGUCUAUGAAUGGCUGCCAAAGUGACCCCAAAAUUCCACUCGGAAUUGUCGAAACACGGACUCUUCCUCCGGUCCCAUCACCGGCAUUGGCUUUGGACCGUCUCAAACAUACCAUUUCCGACUUAAGGUCCAACCUCCAAUACUCCAAUUUCCCCUCUGGUCUCAUCCGCAUUCAGGUACCAAUUGAACAAGAAAUAGAAGCCAUUGAUUGGCUUCGUGCACAACCCCAUCACCAGGAACUUCCCCGCCUUUUCUUCUCCGGUAGACGUCAAUUCAACGGCUCCGAUGUCAUCAACGGAAACCACAAUGGUAACACCCACGGCCAUGAUCUCAUCAACGUCGCAGGUUUAGGUGCUGCCGUAUAUUUUCGGCAUUUUCGCGCUUUCUCCUUUGAUGAUUGGAGAUCAAUUAAGAGGUUCCUGUCAAAAACUUGUCCUUUGAUUCGUGCAUAUGGAGCUAUCCGUUUUGAUGCAAAUGUGGACAUAUCAAAAGAAUGGGAGCCUUUUGGUUCCUUCUACUUCAUGAUUCCUCAGGUUGAGUUCGAUGAGUUUGAAGGAAGGUCCUUGCUGGCUGCUAAUGUUGCAUGGGAUAAUGGCCUUUCGUGCCCUUUGGAAUCAGCAAUUGAUUCCCUUCAAGAAACCUUGGAUCAGGUCAAUUUUGUCAUCUUUAAGUCGGACGAAAAGUUUCCUAAAACAACAAUUCAGGCCGAUGUAUUGCAUAUCCCUAAUGAGAAAAAUUGGGACAUUGCUGUUACAAAAGCAUUGAAGAUGAUAAGAAGCAGCUCAGCUCUCACAAAGGCUGUACUUGCACGUAGUAGCAGAAUCUUUACUACUUCCGAUAUUGACCCCCUAGCAUGGUUAGCUUGUUUACAGGUGGAGGGAGAUAAUGCUUACCAAUUCUUACUUCAGCCACCCAAUGCACCAGCUUUUAUAGGAAACACUCCAGAGCAGCUGUUUCACCGAAAGAAACUUAGCAUUUGGAGUGAAGCUCUGGCUGGAACCCGAGCCAUAUGUGGAUCUUGGGUUUUAGAUCAUAAAACAGGAUUGGAUCUUCUCUCCAGCCCCAAAGACGACUUAGAGUUUACAAUUGUAAGGGAGUGUAUAAGGAAGAAACUUGAGGCUGUUUGUAACACAGUAAUAGUGGAUCCCCAGAAAGCAAUUCGAAAGCUUCCCAGAGUACAACAUCUGUAUGCUAAUAUAAAAGGAAGAUUGAGAAAUGAAGAUGAUGAGCUAAGGUUGAAGCCACAGCCUAAGAAGGCCUUAACAUUAACAUGAAGUCAGAGAGGUGGCUUCAUCGGGGAAUUUUUUUUCUAAACCAAUUCUGCAAAUCAUGAUGCUCUGAAGCUCAUCUUUGACAUCUUAGGUAUUGCCAACUAAAAUUCCACUUCCAUUGCCACUAGGAUCAUGACAUUCCUUACCCGUGCCAAGUCAGUCUCAAAUUGAACUCAAACCAUUCCCCUUUCUAUCUAGAUGAUUAAGUUAGUUAGUCAGACUGUGGAUCUAGUGAUUGUGGUUCUUACAUUGUUAUUAAUUUUCUAUGUAGUAAAAAAAACUCAACCUACAAGCUACCAUGCCCAGCAUAUAAUUUAGUUUCCUGAACUAAAGAGAUAUUUUGAAGUGUUGGUAAUUUGUUGAUUGAUAAUUGAUGUCUUUAUAUUGAUUGAUCCUUUAUCAGCUUCGACUUACUUAUCUCAGAAAUCAGUGCACUGAGGGAUCCUUAUCUGAUUUUUAACUUAAGCAAGAAGUUCACAACAGUAGAAUUCACGGGCCUUAAAUGCUAAGUCCUUGUUUGGUACUAGUCUUUUCUUUUGUGCUGGGUUCCGAGAUUGCCCCAUGUUGUAUGCCUUGUGGAUGUUUAGGAAAAAGGUCCAAAACUAACUUAGUUUCUCUAUCCAACAAUAUUAUAUUUCUGUUUUGGUGUCUCAUGUUAAGGGCCUUAAUCCAUUUUACUCGUCAACUUUUGGUGUAAUUUAACAGUGUUAAGUUUUUAACACCAAACUGCAUGGAUUGGGUUGUAUUGUAAUUGUUAGUCACAGUUUAACAUAAAUGAAUCUUUAAUAAAGAAUUAUCCAGUAUGUAUUAUCGUUAGGAAAAGAGGAUUUUUUCUUUCUUAGGAGAAAGAGAUGGUUGUGAGUGUAUUUUGUAUAGAUUGUACAUGUAACUAUACUGAU